AUGACUGUGGUGAGUGAUAAUGUUGAUGAUAAUUGUGGUGAUGAUACUGUUUGGAAUUUUGCAGCUUACUGUGUUGUUGCAGUGGAGUCUGUUGGUAGACAAAUUCCAAUAGCUUUUCUUGAACGUAUUAAAGAUGAUUUUAAUAAAAAAUAUGGUGGAGGAAGAGCUACAACAGCAACUGCUAAAAGUCUUAACAAAGAAUUUGGACCAAAGUUGAAGGAGCAGAUACAGUAUUGUGUGGAACAUCCGGAGGAGGUUAGAAAACUUGCUAAAGUGAAAGCACAAGUUUCUGAAGUCAAAGGAGUUAUGAUGGAAAAUAUCGACAAGGUUAUUGAUAGGGGAGAGAAGAUUGAGGUUUUGGUGGAUAAACCUGAGAACCUUCGCUCUUAGGUUAGAUUCUUAAUUUUAUUGUUUGUUUUUAGUCACAAUUGAGCC